AGAUGCCCAAAUGUAUACAGUGAAAUGCUACCUCUUCUACUUUCUUUGAUUAUUUGCUGUAAUAUCGAGGCCACCAACCAGCAACUCAACGAUGACGCUUUACACUUUUCCAAAAGCAAUGAGGGCCCGCGCAUAGAUCGGCACAGCUUUUUCAAGCAACAUUUUCGCUUGGGAUACAAACUUAGUCUUUUCUGUCAAGCUUACGGAACACCACGACCAGAUAUGAAAUGGUACAAGGAUGGAGUCGAGAUCAACAUUCGACCUGGCCUUCAGAUCCGCAACAUCAUUCGUCAGGACACAAUUUCUUCCCACUUGGAUGUCGACCCUACCAGAGUACUUGAUGCUGGAGAGUACGAAUGUGUAGCAAAUAACACCUACGGCUAUCACUUAGGCCACAUGCAUGCAUUGCUUCGCCUUUAGCCCAUUUAUCGAGCUGAUAGGUUUUGUAUAAUUGAAGAAGAUGUUUUACCGCUCAUUAACACGUUGACGACGGUGUCGCGCAAUGGUGCGCGACAGGCAGUCUGUCCCUGUGGACGAUGUCGCGCAAUGGUGCGCGACACCCUAAACAUCAGUUUUAAUGAGCACAAUGGUUCCAAUUUGUGUUCAUAUAAUCAAGUUAGGCUCGAAAGUAUUUCAUGUUGGCCCCGCCCCCUUUUGGCAAACUCCGC